GUUUAGUUUUAAUGCGGGCAACGUAUAGAAGGAUUACGUUUUCUAUUACCACAUUGUUUUAAAUACUAAAACUCCGGGCAAAAACGUAGUCGACCAUCUCAACACAGCGUUUGUUUGUACCUCACACAUGUAGAUUUGCUAAGCUAUCUUGUAAACGCCGCUGCAUUUACAGCAGGCCGAUUUUCCAAAAUUAUAUAUUUUUAAAUUUUAUGCGCUUUCACUUAAAUUUGUUAAAGCUGAGCUCUACAGCUUAGUGUUUUUUGGGGGGUAGGUUUCCUCUAUUUUACAUAGUUAGCCUACUAAUGUUGGUUAGCUAACACUGGUGUCAUAAAGGCUUCUCAUCCAGAUAACCUAAGUUUGAAAUUGAUGUUGUUUUGUUGCCUGACAGCGGAUUCGUCUUUAAAUAAUUAUGAAGGUGAGCAAAGCCAAACAGUCAAAAGGCCAAGCAAAAUCUGACAAGUGGAAACAUGUGAGGGGUAAGAGAUUGAGGCCUCCCAUCAGCUCCUCCGAUCUCAUUUCUUCACCGGUCAUGGCCAGGGUCAUACAGGAGCACCAGGCCUGCGUCAAGAAAAAGCCCACCGUCAAGAGACUGAAGAAAAAAGCCAAGUCUCUCUCUGACUCCAAAAGAAAUGCUCCUCCAUCUGAAUUUCAAGCUAAUGGUCGUUCGGCGUUUACAGUGGACAAAGACUCUGAUGACUCGCAGGAAUGGAAUGAAUAUUUUCAGUCCGUUCAUGGGAACGGUGUGGAGACCUCCAGGGAUGUGGAGGAUGCCCGGCCAGGUAGACUUGACAAAGAGGCUCUUCAUCACUGUGCAGAGAGAGGUGUUCUGCACAACCACGCUGUCCUUGUCAUGCAGAAAGAUCAGAGCCUGUGUUUCCGUGGGAAGUGCUUUUUGACCUGUCUGUAUGGCCGUGUAGAGGUAAUGGGGUUCACCAUUGAAGAAGGCCAGCAGUCAUAUCCUCUGUUCUCCCCAGCCUCACACUGUCCACUGACAAUUACAGCACUGGGUAACUCUGAAUAUACCAGAGAUGACAGAACAGAAGCUAGAACCAUCCUCCAAAAGUACUUGUCAGCAGCAUCACGGAAGAAAUUGGUAAAAAGGGUGAUGUCAAACUCCUCCAUCAUUCUUAUAGAGCCUAUGGAGACACCCCUAACACGAUUUCUGUCAAGCUUCACAAAUCUCAAAACAUUGUUCAGUCCGCCAACGAGUGAAGUAAUUUCUGCUAUCCUCGACACGCCGCUCAAUGGUUUGGGGAUAAUUCCACUGGUCAAUGCUAUCGAGGGCUUGAAAACCUCCAUCAGCUAUAGAGAUGUUCUAAAUGCAGUUGUCAGUGCCUGCAGAGGGGAUAUGGAUGGUUGUGCAGUUAUUCUGGUGUGUGGGACCAAAAAUGUGGGCAAGUCAACAUUUAUCCGCACUCUCAUCAACACCUUACUGAAUCACACAACUAGUGUAGAUUACUUGGAGGGGGACCUUGGUCAAACAGAAUUCACUCCUGCUGGUUGCCUGUCUUUGUCAACGGUCAGAGAACCACUUCUGGGCCCUCCUUUUACACACCAGUGCACACCAGAGCACAUGAUCUAUUACGGUCAGUCAUCAUGUGAGUCAGACCCAGACCGCUACCUGGAAUCCCUGAAGUCCUUGUGGCACAGACAUUCACAAAGCAGAGAGACCCCUGUCAUUAUCAACACCAUGGGCUGGGUCAAAGGGCUUGGAUUGCAGCUGCUUGUGGACAUGAUUCGCUUCUUCCCAGUCUCGCAUGUUGUCCAGCUGGGUCACAGUGGCAGCACCCAGUGUCCCACCCUCACUCCAGAUUUUCUGAGGACAGCACGUGGCUUCCAGACACAUCCGCCCUCUCAGUCCGCUCUAAACGAGUUUUCAGAUGCGCACAGUCCCCGCAGAAGCUACACCCACCUAAUUGUCCAGUCAGAUUUUAAAGGUGUGGCAAGCCAAGGAAAAGCGAAACAUCAGCGUUCUAAUGAACAGAGGGAGCUGUCAUUGCUGGCCUACCUUAGUCAACUGCAAUCCCCUGAUAUUGGACCUGUUAGACCUCUACACAGCCUUACCCCAUACCAGGUGCCGCAUACAGCUGUGGCUUUAGGUGUGAUUCACUGUGACGUAGCCCCGAGUCACACGCUCUUCGCUGCCAAUGCCAGUCUGGUGGGACUCUGCUGCAUAGCAGAAAAAGUAUCUAGCCGGGGGGGUCCAGUCCUGCUGUCCCAGGCCCCCAUCUGUCCAUGUGUGGGCUUUGGCGUGCUGCGAGGUAUUGACAUGGCUCGAGGGCUGUACUUCUUGCUGACACCCGUAGAUCCCUCUAUUCUACGUAAGGUCAACUGUCUCCUGCUAGGAGCCAUAUCACUGCCUUUCUGUGUCCUCACAGCACAGCCUGGCUUUGAGGGAGACGUGCCAUAUGUCACCACUGAUUAUAGUUUUGAUCUGACCGGUGCAGGAAAGCUGCGAGCUUUUAAGGGAAUGUUGAGACCCAACCAAGUGGGGAUGUAAUAACUUCCUCUAAACAACAUCAACCUAUAGCCCUUUACAUCGAGGGCAGACCAGUGAGGUUUAGCCUUAGAAUGUCCCGAACUGAGUAGAGGUUAGGAAUCACGUCGGUUCAACAACGUACACCUCGAACACAGCCCACAGAAAUACACGGCAUCAUUCUUGUUAUUAUGUUUAUUUGUAUCCUCACUACUUCAUACAAUUAGCUACUAUACAUAUCAUUGAUGGCACUGUGAAGGCCUUUGUGUUUACUGUCACAUAGACAACGUGUCAUUCCUUAGUGGGUAAACCUGUUGUUAUUUGUAGGUGACACUGAAAACAUGAACAUGGCAAGUAAUAAACUAACAACUUUUCUAUA